AUUGCUGAGGAGUUGAGCAACGUGUCGUCUCUUACUCAGCUUCUCUUCAUGCAAAUAGACAGCUGGAACUGUCUCUGCCAAUUACAGACCUCUCUCUCUCUCUCUCAAAACUCUACUAUGGUAAGUCCGCCGAAAAGACGACGCCAUCGCUUCUCAGCAACCAGGAGGACUAGUCUAGGUCUACCACCACCAAGCGCCAUCACAACCACCACCGUCAUACCAUCAUGGAUGUGGAAGAAAAGAAAGACUACUACUACUACUACAACUACUUCUUCCCCCCAAUACUACCAAACCCAUUAGAAAUCAUCUACAACUGUUUCCUUACUCUCUUCUCUCCCUUCUUCUCUCUCUUCUCCCUCAUUUCUGAGUCCUUUCGCCAAGCCGAAGAGGCCAAAGACACCGUCGAAUCGGCGGUCCAUGCCGCCGCCAGAGCCCCCUGUACGGUGGCACACGGAACCAGCGUCUUGGUGAGGAAGAUAGGGAUGGGGCUUCUGGGUGCUGUACACGUGUGCAUGGUCUUGAUAAUGGUGAUGGCUCUGGCAAUCGUGUUGGGAGUUGGGUUGGUGGAGUUAUGGGUGGAAGAGCCCGUGGUUGUGAGAGAGAGGUUGAAUUUUGAUUACACUCAAGUUCACCCAAAUGCAAUCCUCUCAUUUGAUGGCGGCCAAGGGAGGCGGAGGAAGAAGAUGACGGGUGUGCCGGUUGGGCAUACUUUCUAUGUUUCAUUGGUUCUUUUGUUGCCCGAAUCUGAUUAUAAUAGGCAAGUUGGGGUGUUUCAGUUGAAUGCAGAACUAAUAUCAACUAAGGGCAAUGCAAUAGCAAAAUCAAGCCAACCAUGCAUGUUGAGGUUUAGAAGCCUCCCAGUUCGACUUGCUCGAACAUUUCUCAUGAGCAUACCACUAUUACUAGGAAUAACAGAUGAAACUCAGAAGAUAAACAUUCCAGUAUUGAAGCAUAAAGAAGGCUAUCCAAGAACUAAAGCUAUCAUAAUAUCUUUGGUUCCACGGCCUACAACAACUUUCCUUCCACAGUUGUACGAAGCUGAAAUUAUCAUCAACUCUCAGCUGCCUUGGAGAAAAGAAAUCGUGCGCAGAUGGAAAUGGACAUUUUAUGUGUGGACAUCGUUAUACAUGUACAUUAUAUUUGUCAUAGUUCUUGUUUGUUGCUUCAAGCCGCUCAUUUUCCCAAUGAUGAUUGCAAGUUCUAGUGAACCUAGCAAGGAAGAUUCUGCCUUGGAAGAAUCAAAAGAGCGGAAGGAGAGAGGUGGAGAGGAAAGAGAUGUUUUGGAAUCUUUCAGAAAACGGCAACGAAAUCGAAGGAAGAGGAAGGCAAUGCUUUUGCAUAGGGUUUUACCGGACACUACUUGCUCAUCUGCUUCAAGCAUCAGUAUAACUAGAGAUGAGAUGAUUGUGGCUACCGAAGAAGAAGAUGCAGGGGAUUCAGAAUCUGUCUGUUUUGGAGGUUGAAUCCAUCCAAGUGAUGAGUUUCUCAAAUAUUUCUUGUUCAAUAUAUGUAAUGCAGUGGUUAUUAGUGAAGUUCCGUAAUUUUGUCUAAAAAAAAGUACAAAAGGUAAAUUUAAAUCAAGCAAAGAAAUCUUUAU